GUGAGUGUCUUAGAAGAAGAAAAGCCAGUUGAAGCUGAUAGUUGCCCAGAGAACAAUGUUGUUGUGAGUUCAUGCACUUGGUUAAUUAAAGACAACCUAAAGGUAUGUUUGGUCUGUCUUUUUUGUACUUUUGAUAUCACGGAUAUCACAUCUGGCGACGAGGAAACUGGUGUGUUGAGCAGUGGACAAUAAUUCAGCUCUUUGGACCUUUUUUUUUGGAAGAGGACUCUGCAAGGUUUUUUUUUGCAAGACAUCCGGAGCAUGGCAGCUAUGGUAGGAACUCUCACUCCUUUUGAAAAUGGAAAUCAGUCCUGGGAGGAGUAUUGUGAAGUGUUAUCACAUUUCUUCGAGGCAAAUGAGAUUACAGAUGCUGCUAAGAAACGUGCAAUUCUUCUUAGCUCGGUGGGAAGUCAAGCCUACGGCCUCAUGAGAAACUUGUUAAGUCCUACCAAACCAGGGGAGAAAACCUAUGAUGAGCUGGUGGAACUGCUGAAAGAGCAUUACAACCCCAAGCCAAGUGAGAUAGUACAGCGUUUCAAGUUCAAUUCAAGGAAUAGGAAACCAAAAGAGAGUGUUUCUGAAUAUGUGGCUGUACUUCGUGAACUGGCUCAACACUGCAAUUAUGGAGAUAAGCUGACAGAAAUGUUGAGGGACAGACUUGUUUGCGGUAUUGAAGAUGAUCGCAUGCAACGUAGAUUGUUAGCGGAGGCUGAGCUAACAUAUGACAAAGCCCUGAAGCUUGCUCAAGCAAUAGAGACUGCUUCUAAAGAUAUUCAGGAUCUUCAAGGACAGAGUAAGUCUCACAGUGUCGUGGCAGACAAGCGGGAGAUGGUGUGCAAGUUCUUUGCAGGACCAAAAGCGCGAGAUGGAAAUCGCUCACGUACUGUUUGCUACCGAUGUGGAGGUGAACACAUGGCGACAGAGUGCCGGUUUGCAAAGGAAAAAUGCCACAAAUGUAAAAAAGUGGGACACAUAAAAAAAAUGUGCAGAGCAAAGUUACCUGUCGAUCACUCCAGGCCUGCAGGGGGAGGGAAGAAAAGACACUGGGUGUAG